AUUGCAGGAAAUCCGUCUAGAGGUCUAGAGAUUAGUGUUUAAUCUGAGGCGCUGGGAACGGGAGUGUGAUUGGAAGUUACUGCUAGCCAUAUGGUUAGCUCGAGUGGGCGGGUAAAUCUCACAAUCGCUAGUUGUCACACGACAGGACAUAUGUUUAUUAAGACUAAUCAGAGGUCUAAUGGACGUUAUUAUUAUUUUCGGCUCUCUUAUGAGUGUGAUGCUGGAUUGACGAGUUGACAUUCUGACUCUGAAAAGUGGGAAAUCGGAUUAUCGUUCAAGAUACGCACCAAACCCUAAUCAUUUUGUGUCGCUGGCUCUCGCUGGUAAGAGUCGAAGAGAGGAAGCCUGAUAGCUCGAGUGGUCAAUGUCAGCUGGAAAAGACCAAGAACGGACCCGAUUGUAGCGGUUGAUCGGCGAUUGUAUUUCUGUUCGCGGAGGAAAGCAAUGAGAUUUGUGUCUGCUGGUCAUGGGCAGAUCUUCAUGUUAUUAUGCUGCCCUGUGACCCGUGUACCCAACUGUUGUUCAGUGUUGACUAAAUUAGCUACGUUAAAGAAUUAAAGCUGAAUUUCUCGGACCAUACAGAGUAGCUGGCCACUUUGCGAUCCCUUGUUUGGACUCCUCGUUUACUGGAUAAUAAAUCCUGACCGAACUGUGAGAAGAUGUCGACUAAAGAACCAAACGAAAAGCUGUCGACCACUGAGCGAAUCGUUAAAACCGUGCCACUGCCCCCCCACCAACGGCUGACAAUUAAGGACCUGUUUGUGGAUGGCAAGCCCAAUGCUGAAAUCCUGAAAAACCAUUUGAUCAAAGAGGGUCGUGUGGAGGAGGAUGUAGCCCUGCGCAUCAUAAACGAGGGCGCCAACAUCCUGAGACAGGAGAAGUGCAUGGUGGAGGUGGAGGCACCAAUCACAGUGUGUGGCGAUGUCCACGGGCAGUUUUUUGACCUCAUGAAACUCUUUGAAGUCGGUGGUUCCCCUGACAACACACGCUAUCUCUUCCUGGGCGAUUAUGUUGACAGAGGGUACUUCAGUAUAGAGUGUGUGCUCUUCCUGUGGACACUGAAGAUCAACCACCCCAACACUCUCUUCCUCCUCAGAGGCAACCACGAGUGUCGGCACCUCACAGAAUACUUCACCUUCAAGCAGGAAUGUAAAAUAAAGUAUUCGGAGAGAGUUUAUGAUGCAUGCAUGGAGGCUUUUGACUGCUUGCCCCUUGCAGCUCUUCUGAACCAGCAGUUCCUCUGUGUCCACGGAGGUCUCUCACCAGAAAUCAACUGCUUAGAUGACAUUAGAAAAUUAGAUAGGUUUAAGGAGCCCCCGGCGUUUGGGCCUAUGUGUGAUUUGAUCUGGGCUGACCCGGGGGAAGACUACGGCAGUGAAAAGACAGUAGAGCACUUUAACCACAACUCAGUCAGAGGCUGCUCCUAUUUCUUCAGUUAUGCAGCAGUCUGUGACUUUUUGACAAACAAUAACUUGUUGUCAGUAAUUAGAGCACACGAAGCACAAGAUGCAGGGUACAGAAUGUACAGGAAAAGUCAGACAACAGGCUUCCCUUCAUUAAUUACCAUUUUCUCCGCACCCAAUUAUCUAGAUGUCUAUAACAACAAAGCGGCGGUAUUGAAAUAUGAAAACAACGUUAUGAACAUUAGACAGUUCAACUGCUCUCCUCACCCGUACUGGUUACCCAACUUUAUGGACGUGUUUACAUGGUCUCUGCCCUUCGUGGGAGAGAAAGUGACAGAGAUGUUGGUAAAUGUUCUAAACAUCUGCUCUGAUGAUGAACUCAUGUCAGAGGGAGAUGACUUGUGUGAAGGUGGAGUUCCAGCUGUCCGUAAGGAGGUGAUUAGAAAUAAGAUUCGUGCCAUCGGGAAAAUGGCCAGAGUUUUCUCUGUGCUCAGGGAAGAGAGCGAGAGCGUGCUGACCCUCAAAGGGCUCACCCCAACUGGAACGCUACCACUAGGAGUAUUAUCUGGAGGCAAACAGACUUUACAGAAUGCCGCCAUAGAAGCAAAGGAGGGUCAAGCCAUCCAAGGCUUCUCUCCUAAACGGAAGAUCCGCAACUUCGAAGAAGCCCGUGGCUUGGACCGCAUAAAUGAAAGGAUGCCUCCUCGGAAGGCCGGCCAGCAACCCGACGGUACCGCUGUCAACGAGAAAAACGGCACAGAUGGGAACGCGUAAGGGGAGAUUUUGCACUUUUCCUCUACUCCAUAGCAUUUUCUCUUUUUCUGCCAUGUUCUCCAUGAGAGUCUCCUCAACUGCCCGACCCUGCGGAUGAGGUCCUGGGAUGUGGAGAGGAAUGACAAUUGUAUCUGACAAUUCAUUUGAAUACAUGAAUCUGACAAUUCAUUUACAACUAACUACAAACAUGAGAUUUUAUUUAUUACAUGACAUGUAUUAGAUGUAUUUGAUAGCAACAUGUUAAAGACGAACAUUCGAAAGUGUGCAGAACAAAUCACAAUGUGUCAACUUUUAAACUGCAAUGACAGUUUUGUAACUUGAGGUAAGAUGUGUGGGUUUCAGAUGCUGAUCAGAUCUAGUUAAUCCCAUUUUUCUAAUAUUUUAUGUCAUGUAUUUGGAAAGGGAUUGUUUGACUAAAUAUACUGUACUGAUUUGUGUCAUUAAAUAAGCCUGAAAGGGAUUUAGAAGAAAACAAAGCGAAGGGAAAACAGUUCAUUUUAAAUGUUUUUAUAUAAAAAAACUUUAAUUUUAUUUCCUUAUCUCUUCAAUUUUGACUAAGAUUCAGACAUGAAAAUAUCUGAUUUGGGUUUAAUGUGUUUGUUUCUACAGUAAAAACUAGCAUUUGCAUUUGUUUUCGUAAAACAGCAAUUGGGUUUUACCUGGUGACAGAUCACAUGUAAGUAGCCAUGACAGCACUUCUACAUAGAAUUUGUUUUUUUAUGCUUGUGAAAAACUUAAAAUAAGAAUGAUGAAAGCCCUAUCAAAAUGCAUUCAACUUCUGAAAACCACUGCAAGUUAUUUUUGGUAUCUGUGAAGCAAUCACUUGACAGAUUUCUAGAGACGUCAAGACCCAGAUUUCUUAUGUUCUGCCACACCUCUUUUUGCUAUAUUUAGUGAAAAGAUGUUAAAUGAGUUCUUUCAUUCAUGCAACAAAAAGUCGUAUUUGUUAAUAGACUAUACAGUAAGAGCUGUUAGCAUGUCUAUAAGCUCAUAACAU